CUAACUGAACGACGCCUGAUGCAACUGAUCAAGAAACCGUUGACAGCGGCUGAAUUCCUGAGCCCUCUAGCCAGGCAGGACCCAGUGUACAAAGAGGAAGAAGAAACGUUUAAGGCUUGGUACGCCAAAACUCCUCUGGGGAAAGCACGCAUCAAGUCCCUGACGGCGACCGAAGAAACUGGGAAAGGGAAAGGGAAGGGGAAAGAUAAGGGAAAGGAUAAGGACAAAAAGAAGGAAGCAAAGAAAGGCAAGAAGAAGAAGAAGAAGUGAAAAGCCCCAGGGAAUGCUUUGAGAAAAGCACCUCGUAGUUAACCAGUCCCUGUAGAGCAAGACUUCGAUGAAAUCCCAACUCCCCAGACGGCCUCCGUCUCAGAAGUCGUCUGUGAAAAGCGCUGGACAGGAUACAUCAGUGUGACAUGUAAUCCCUCCCAGGUAACAAACUAAUGACCACUGAAUUUCUCUAGUAUCACUUAGGGCCACUUCUUUAAAAGCUAACUUCUGUCUCAGAUGAGGAAUUUGAAUUCUUAGGAAGAUGUUAUUAACUAUUCAACUUUAGGUAGUGUUAUUACUAUUAAGGGCUUUGUUAGUAGAAUGUAUUACAUUUAGGUCUUUCCCCUAUUCUGGUAAAUGCCUGUUUGGACUCUUGGUUUUUUAAAAUAUCCUUUGGGCAUGACCCUUCCCCACACAAGGGUGCAGUGAACACAUAGGAAGGAACCCCCCCACGUUUCGCCAGCACAUAUGCAGGCGGAAUUCCAGGAUAGUGCGGGGAAUGGUAUGCCCUCCGUAUUCCCAUAUUCAGAGCUCAAGUAACUUGCAGCAUGGAAAGGAAGUGGGCUCAUUUGGGGAAAGGGAGCUGCGCACAGACAUCCCAGUCCUUGGGUUGCUCCGGGGUACUGAGGGAGAGGCAGAACAGGGCUCCGUUGAACCCUACGGGUACCCCUCUGUGUGCAGACACAGCACCCUAGCGUGUGGAAGAAUUAUGCCCUCUGUGGUGAUGCCUUACAAAACUACCGUUCCCCUACCCGCGUGGCUAAUGAUUGUAAUUUUCAAUAAAAUGGU